AUGGCCUCGGAGGCGGUGAAGGUGAUCGUGCGCUGCCGGCCCAUGAACGAGCGUGAGAAGGCUCUCGGCUGCAAGGCGGUCGUCAGCAUGGAGAGCGCACGGGGCCAGUGCUUCCUCCAAAACCCCGCCGCCGCCGGCGAGCCCCCCAAGCAGUUCACCUUCGAUGGGGCCUACUACCAAGAGCACAACACGGAGCAGAUCUACAACGAGAUCGCCUACCCGCUGGUGGAGGGUGUCACCGAAGGCUACAACGGCACCAUAUUUGCCUAUGGCCAGACUGGCAGCGGGAAGUCAUUCACCAUGCAGGGAAUCGUGGAUCCUUCUACGCAGAAAGGCAUAAUACCCAGGGCAUUUGAACACAUUUUUGAGAGCGUACAGUGUGCUGAAAAUGCCAAGUUCUUGGUGAGAGCUUCCUACCUGGAGAUUUACAAUGAAGACAUACGAGACCUUCUUGGAGCUGACACCAAGCAGAAGUUGGAGCUGAAGGAGCACCCAGAGAAAGGGGUGUACGUGAAGGGGCUCUCCCUGCACACCGUGCAGAGCGUGGUCCAGUGCGAGCGGAUCAUGGAGACAGGCUGGGGAAACCGAGCAGUGGGUUACACCCUCAUGAAUAAGGACUCUUCCCGCUCCCACUCCAUCUUUACUGUCAAUAUGGAAAUCUACACCGUAGAUGAGCGAGGGCAGGACCACCUUAGGGCCGCAAAACUCAAUUUAGUGGAUCUGGCAGGAAGCGAGAGACAGUCAAAAACUGGAGCCACAGGGGACCGGCUCAAAGAGGCCACCAAAAUCAACCUGUCCCUCUCAGCUCUGGGCAACGUCAUCUCGGCCCUAGUCGAUGGCAGGUGUAAACACAUCCCCUACCGAGACUCAAAGCUGACCAGGCUGCUGCAAGAUUCCCUCGGAGGGAAUACCAAGACACUGAUGGUAGCUUGCUUAUCUCCGGCUGAUAACAACUAUGACGAAAGCCUCAGUACUUUGCGCUAUGCUAAUCGAGCAAAAAACAUCAAGAACAAGCCCUGUAUCAACGAGGACCCCAAGGAUGCUCUGCUGAGGGAGUAUCAGGAGGAGAUUAAGAAGCUGAAGGACAUUCUAGCUGAACAGAUGAGCACGAAUAACUUGUCAGGGCUUCUACCUGCUGAGACUGCUCGCCUGGCAGCAAAGCCAGCUCCCCUCAAACCCCAGUUAGAUCUUGAAGCAGAGAAGCAGCUGAUGAGAGAGGAGUACGAAGAGAGGCUGACCCAACUAAAGGCCAGCUACGAAGCGGAACAGGCGUCCCGUGCCCGCCUCGAAGAGGACAUCAGUCGCCUGAGGAAUCACUAUGAUCUCAAGCUGUCUGCUCUCGAGGAGAACCUCAGGAAGGAAGCAGCUGCCACAAGGACUGAAACUACUCCUGACGAGACACCUUUGCCCGAAGACUCUGUUGCUGCAGCAGAUGAAGAACCAACAUCAGCGCAGGCCCCAGGAGCGCCUCGGGCUUUCCCAGACGCUGGCGGUGCGAGCCGGGGGAGCGCUGGAGCAGAGGUGGCCGUCCCUGCUGAGGGGACUUCAUUGCCUGCAGAGCAGCAGCAGGUGCUCGCCAGGCUGCAGAUGCUGGAGCGACAGGUGGUAGGAGGGGAACAGGCUAAAAACAAGGACCUCAAAGAAAAGCGUAAACGCCGGAAAAAAUACGCGGAUGAGCGGAGGAUGCAGCUGGUGGCUGCCCUGCAGCAAUCUAACGAGGACAGCAGCGACUGGGUCCUGCUUAACGUCUACGACUCCAUCCAGGAGGAGGUUCGAGCCAAGAGCAAGCUUCUGGAGAAGGUGCAGGAAAAGCUGCGGGCUGCCGAGACCGAGAUCAAAGAUCUGCAGUCGGAGUUUGAGCUGGAAAAGAUCGAUUACCUGGGCACCAUCCGCCGCCUGGAGCGAGACCUGCUGCUCUUCCAGCAGCUGCUGGAUCAGGUGCAGUCCCUCGUCCGCCGCGACUGCAACUACAGCAAUCUGGAGAAGAUCAAGCGCGAAUCCGUCUGGGAUGAGGAAACGGGCUGCUGGAAAAUUCCAGAGCCCGUCGUUCAAAAAACCCGCCUGCCCGCAGCGGUUCCAGCCCUGCUGCAGCCCCAGCCUGCCCGAAGCAGCCCCGCGGCCGAGAGCGGAGACUGCACGCCGGAGGAGGAUCGCUACAAGCUGGUGCUGAACCGCAGCGACAGCGAGACGGCCGCCAACAACUACUUUGGACCCCGGCGCGCCAGCCGCAUCCUCCAGCCCGACCCGUCCCGGCACAAAGCUCCCCCGGGGCACGAGGUGGCCGCCCUGCUCCGGCCCCGGCCAUUCCGCCUCCAGGCCCUCGCCUUGACCCCGCCGAAUGCCAACACCAAGCGCAAAAAAGGCAAAGGCGGCUCCGGCAGCCGCCCCCUCUGACUGCGCAGUGUCCGGCCUCGCAGGAUGAUGCCAAAUCUCUGUGGGUUUGCACCCAAAACACUCUUGCUCUACGUCAGGGCAUGGGACAGAGGGUGAGCUCAUUGUCACGGUGUCGU